AUGUUUUCUUUGAGGACCGCGCAGUCGGCGCAGUCUUUCCUCCGCCGUGCGGCCGUGACGACUUCGCUUGCUCGCUCUUCUAUCCCGGUUCGAUCUUUUGCUAGUGUCCAGUCGGAUAUUUUCAAGCCCACCAAGUAUGGCGGUAAAUACACCGUCACUCUCAUUCCAGGUGACGGAAUUGGCGCCGAAGUUGCCGAGUCGGUUAAGACAAUCUUCAAGGCCGACAAUGUGCCCAUCGAAUGGGAGCAGGUAGAUGUCAGUGGUGUGGAUACGGGCAACAAACAUUCGGAAGAGCUUUUCAAGGAAUCGAUCGCAUCUCUGCGCCGCAACAAGUUGGGUCUCAAGGGAAUCCUCCAUACUCCAGUUGAGCGCUCGGGUCACCAGUCGUUCAAUGUUGCUCUUCGUCAGGAACUCGAUAUCUUCGCCUCGAUCGUUCUUAUCAAAAACAUCCCGGGUUAUCAGACACGUCACGAGAACGUGGAUCUUUGCAUCAUCCGUGAGAACACCGAGGGUGAAUAUUCGGGUCUCGAGCAUCAGUCUGUGCAGGGAGUUGUUGAAUCCCUAAAGAUCAUCACUCGUGCCAAAUCCGAACGCAUCGCCAAGUUUGCUUUCGGCUUUGCCCUUGCCAACAACCGAAAGAAGGUGACUUGUAUCCACAAGGCCAACAUCAUGAAACUCGCCGAUGGCUUGUUCCGCAGCACUUUCCACAAGGUUGCCGAAAACUACCCGACCCUCGAGGUCAACGACAUGAUCGUUGAUAAUGCAUCCAUGCAGGCUGUCUCGCGACCCCAGCAGUUCGACGUGAUGGUGAUGCCUAACCUCUACGGCGGCAUCCUUUCUAACGUCGGUGCUGCUCUUGUUGGCGGUCCGGGUCUGGUUCCCGGUUGCAACAUGGGCCGGGAUGUGGCCGUGUUUGAACCCGGAUGCCGCCAUGUCGGCCUUGACAUCAAAGGAAAGGACCAGGCCAACCCAAGUGCUAUGAUUCUCUCCGGAUCUAUGCUCCUGCGUCAUCUCGGCUUGGAUGACCACGCCAACAGAAUCUCAAAGGCCGUGUACGACGUGAUCGGCGAAGGCAAAACGAGGACUCGUGACAUGGGCGGACAGGCGACCACGCACGAGUUCACCAGAGCCGUCCUGGAUAAAAUGGAGACUGCCCUGUAAAUAAUCGGCUUCCGCGCUCUCACGGCCCGAUUCUUUUUGACGAUAUCGAGAGGUUGUAUAAGGCAGCAUGAUGCUUUGGAGGGUCGUGCUGACUAUUCCAAAUACACCUCCCUGCUCGGUAUCAUCUUACACUAGAACAACAAUCGGGGGCAUCCUGUUACACAAUUGCUACUGCCAUAGACAACUAUGAGGGAGGGGGGUAAGGAUGUGUGUACAAUUACAUAGUAACGUUGGGAAUUAGAACUCUAUCCUUGUCUAAUUAUUGUUCGACUUGAGUAGCUUUAUCUCGAGUUGCGGUCAUGGCAAGCCGUCCUUGGGGGAAUUGAAGAUACUAGGCUCUGUUCAAGUCGGGGGGGGGGCGGUG